AUGACCAAGGCAUCUCGGUCUUCGUCCUCUGUCGUCGCCAUCGCGGCGACACUGUCGACGACGGCGUCGCUCCUGUGGCUCUACACCACCACGCCUGUUGGUACACACAACACAAACGACGACCUCGACUACCCUCGUCAUCGCGAUCUCUCGUGCCCUGAAGUAACAGCUCACAUCACGUCGGAUUGGUAUGCGGGGUCUCGCAUUGCCUUGAAGCUGUCGCAUAGCGUCGACGAUGCCUCCCUCGAGCUGCACACGACAAACUGGGCCAAAGUGUCGUCCGGGUACAUGCUUCACGUGGAGCCCAUGUCGCUAGACUCGACGGCGUUCUUGGCCAAUACUCUCGGCUCCGCGUCCACGUACGACUUGGUCGUGGACAAGCAAAAGUGGAAUGCCCCUGUGGGUGUGACAGCCGUGCGGGUUCACCUGCCGUCGCAAAGUUGCUCAUACGCUGUGACGCCCCCCUCGCGCUCAUCCUUCGAUGGGCGCAUCCUCGCAGAAGCCAACGACACGAAAUCGAUAGCUAACUCAUCCUUGGCGCCGUUGCCGUGUUCGUGGACGCAAGCCCGGCCAUUCUCAAUCGGAUUCAACCACUUAUGUGCGAUCAAUCCCCUCAAUGCCAUGUCGUGCUGGGGCCUCAACAGCUUUGGGCAAGCGACCGUCUCUCCCGCCACGUCUUUCGUCCAAGUGUCGGCGUACGAUUACCACACGUGCGCCAUCAACGCAACGGGCUUCCCCAUGUGUUGGGGGGCCAACUACACAGCACGGGCAAACGCCCCCGGCAGUGUUGUGACUCCGCCCGUAGAACCGUUUGCAUCUAUCUCAGCCGGAGCCCUCCACGCUUGUGGGAUCACCAUCACUGGCGCGCUGCGGUGCUGGGGUGCCAACGACUUCAACCAAUCCAGCCCCCCUGCAGGCCAGUACCUUUCCGUCUCGACAGGUUUCCGUCAUGCGUGUGCUGUUUCGUUCCCGGACCAGCGCCUCGCGUGCUGGGGCAACUGCGACAACGGCGAGUGCGACCCUCCCAACGCGACCGCCAAGUACACGCAAGUUUCUGCGGGCGACCGGUACACGUGUGCAGUGACGGUGGCGAACAACGCGUCGUGCUGGGGGCGCGACCUCCCCACGAUGAACUACACCGUUGUCCCACCCGGCCAAUACUCUUUUGUCGGGACCGCUAGGGCCGGCGCAUUCUCAUGCGGACUGCUCUUGAACGGAUCCGCUGUGUGUUGGGGGGAUCGAAUCGCAUACAUGGGGCUCACCCCGUCCGUGAACUUUACGCGCCUCGCGCUGGGCACCCGCCAAGUGUGCGGCGUGACAGCCAUCAACCCCGUGUCAAGCACAGGGGGAAAUCUACUGUGCUAUGGCGUGCUGUCGUCGAUGGCUCCCGCGGUCGGCUUCCGCCCAAAGUCGACAGGUUACUGCAUCCGUAACACAUCGACCUUGGACGACAGCCUGCAGACGACGGCCGACUCGGACGCCUUCAACGCAACGUUUUCCAAUGCGACGUGGAGUGGCGGCGACGUGAUCACAUUUCCGCCGCCGCCGGAAGACGAUCUUGGCGCGGGGCUCAACCUCACGUCGUACCAAUUCCGCAAGGUGGCUGCGGCCGGCAACAAGUUUUCGUGCGGCGUCGCAUCCACGGGGCAAGCGGUGUGCUGGGGGUCAACCAACUUGGGCGGGGCUGCAUCGACGAUCACAAACGCCGUCGACAUCACGGCGUCUCUCGUCUACGACCUCAUGUGUGCGCUGCGGGUGACCGGAUCGGUUACGUGCUCGUCGCUUGCGAUCGACACGACGGGAAACUUUAUUAGCGGCGCGUUCGCCGCCCCCCGCGACGCGUUCGUGAUGGUGUCGUCCAAAGGCAUGCACACGUGCAGCCUCAAGACAACCGGGCGCAUCAAGUGCUGGGGUUUCAACGACGACCGCCAGUUGAACGUCCCCGACUUAACCUACCUCUACGUCGCAGCGGGUGGCUUCCACACGUGCGCGAUCACGAGCAGGUACGAAACGCUGUGCUGGGGGCGCGACAGUGUCGGCCAAGUAUCUCGGGUGCCAGUCGGAAUCAAGCACCGGUUUGUGUCGUGCGGCCACCAGUUUUGCUGUGCGAUUCGACUCAACGACAUGGUGGAUUGCUGGGGAAGCAAUGACUUUGGCGAGUCGCGGCCGCCGACGAACGUCCCGGUGCUCCAGAUCGCGGCGGGGUGGGCCCAUACGUGUGCCGUCACCGUGACGUGGGGACUGCGGUGCUGGGGUGACAACAGCUUGGGGCAGGCGGUGCCGCCGGCCGGCAUGUUUUAUCACGUAUCGGCGGGCACGACGCACUCGUGCGCGACGGCCGUGAACGGGUCCGUCGUGUGCUGGGGCGACGUCGUUCGCAACCAACUCACGCCGACCGCCGCCAUGGCGCUUCCCAACACAGCGCUCACCACCGACGAAAUGGUCGAAGCGACCCAUCGCAACAAUUCCCGCUCGCGCAUGACGUGCUCCAACUUGUCGUGGGGCAUCGCGUACAGCUCCAACCUGUGCGCCAACCCCAAGACAUUCAGUGGAUGCGUCCCCCCCAGCACGUACGCCGGUGCCGUCGCCCGUUGCAGAGAUUUGGGAGGCCGUGUCCCGACGGUGGCAGAGUCCAGAGCUGGGUGGCUCAAGGCGGCGCUGUGCGACUUUUCGGACGGGUGGACGUGGACGAGCACGACGUGCCUCAUGACGUCCGGCCAGAGUGGAUUCAUUAUCGUGUCCGAUUCGACGCAGGCGCAGUCGUGUGUGCUCGACACGAUGUCCACCGCGUUCCCCAUUUGCAUCAGCGAACGAGAGUUCACGUCGUGUAGCCUUAGCAGUCGCUGCUCCCAAGUGUGCGUGGGCCAGGCCGAAUCCCAGUACGCAUGCACGUGCGACGCCGGGUUCACUCUUGGCAGCGACGGCAUGUCGUGCUUCCCGACCGUCCUCUUGCGGUCCGCUUCCACAUGCAAGCAACUGAACCGACCCAUGCUGUCAUCGUCGCCCAUCUGUAGCCUUAGCACGGGGUGUACCCAUCGGAUGACGUAUGCCGAUGCACGAACGUACUGUCGCGCCCGAGGCACACGCCUGCCGCUGCGGCAAGAAGUCGUGGGAAAGGCCGACUUUCCCUUUGCAUGCGCUCGGGAUGUGGCCAUAUGGACCAACACGGCGUGCGCCAAUGGCUUCAAUCCCGGCUUCAUCGCGACGACGGGCGAGUCAGAAGCGUGUAGGGCCACCACGGAGCUCGCGACGGUCGUGUGCGUGGCCGAUCCAGACAUUGACGAGUGCGAGCUUGGCAUGCACACGUGCACGGAAAAGUGCUGGAACACCGAGGGGUCGUACACGUGCACGUGCGACGACGCCAGAACUUUGGUCGCAGUGGCCACAGGUGGUGCCACGUGCCAGCAACCACCGUCGUCUGCAGACAACACGAUGGAGGCCAUCACGUCCGCCCAAGGAGACACCGUCGUGGCGCCAGCGACUCCACCACGCCAAGCGACGUCGGCAAGAUCUUGUCGACAGCUGCAGUGGACAGAUUUACAGACGGACCGUGCGAUCUGCUCGAGUUCGCGCACGACGCCGGGCAACCCGCCCUGCCCCGGCGCGGUCAACUACACGGUUGCGCUUCAGUACUGUGCGAACCGUGGGGCGCGCCUCCCCCUCUUGAGCGAGUUGCGAUCUUCCUUGGACGUGCUGGUGCGCUCCAACGAAUGCGGGUACGGCCAGCAACUCGUGUGGACAUCGACUUCGUGUUCGCGGGACCAACAGCCCACGAUCGGAGUGGCAGCUGCAGGCGGCGGCCCUCAGCUCCUCGACAAGGUCAUGUGCUUGACAACAUCGACGCAAACCGCGUUUCCAGUAUGCGUGGCCGACAAAAUGGUCGUGGGGUCGUGCGCAGCCGUGGGCAACGCCAUGUGCAGUGAAGGUUGCGUCGACUUGGCGGAUGGAUUUCGAUGUGAAUGCGGACCGUCGCAACGGCUCGAUGCGGACGGCGUCACAUGCACUAACGUGCCGCCCACCACGUCGCCCUUUGCGUGCGAUGGGAUUCCGCUGCCGUGGACAUUCUCCGAUCAAAACAACGCGACAGUGCCGUGCGCACGAUCCUUUGGCACCACUCCAUCCGCGUGCUCGGGGCGCCUCACGUUUGCCCAGGCGCAGACGUGGUGCGGCUCACUCGGCGGCCGGCUCCCGACGGCGAGCGAAGUUGCGGCCGACGUCACCCUCGGUUCGGGCUGCAAGUACGACUACAGUGAAGUGUGGACGUCGACGCCGUGCUUCGACUCGACAGGGCAGGUGCAGGGGGCGGUCACGUCUGGCGGAUCCAGCAUUGGGCUUUCGUUUGCCCCGCCGUCGUGCUCUAGUCGGUCCAGUGCCCUGUCGACGGCAUUUGUCCGGUGCGUUCGAGACCGCGGCGCCACCACGUCCAGGCGAUGCACUCCCAACUCGUGUUCCCAACUGUGCAUCAAUCAAGGAUUCGGCUACGCGUGCACGUGCUACGACGGGUUUCGACUCCAACCUGACGGCAAGACGUGUAGUCCGGCGCAGCUCGCGCCGCCUUCCACAGGUACAUGCACCCGACUCAACUGGAACACGGUGUCGGCCAACUCGACAUGCGCCAAAAUCGAAGGCAACUGCGCCGGAAAGGCCAGGGUCCCCAUGGCGCUGGCAAAUGCGUCGUGUACGCAGCAAGGAGCGCGGCUACCGACGUUGGCGGAAGUCAUGCAAGGCGCCACGAUCGCUUCCACGUGCGGCGAGACGCGCAUCUGGACGUCGACUCGCUGCAUGUUUGUUCAGGAUGGCCUGUCAGAGCCAGCCAUGACGGACGGAUGGAUCACGGUCACGAGCAGCCGAAAACACCCCGUCUGCGUGCCAGCGAAUGCUUCGUACACGCCAGCGUGUAUUGCGGACGCCACGCCGCUUCCCAUCUGCCUGGACAAAUGUUUCCAAGAUCAGCAAUGCCUCGUUGUCGCGGGCACAAACGUCACCAGUUGUGUGUGCAACCCCGGCUUGGCCAUCGACAGCACCGGGGCGUGCCAACCAUCCAUUUCGGCGCUCUCGACGGCCACAUGUUCCGACUUGAGCUGGGGUGUCGACUCGAAAAGUGGUUUGUGUGCCAGUCAACGGCUGGGGGCCAUCGCACCCGACUGGAUUGCGUCCUACCUCCAACUGCUUUCCAAGAGCGUCCAGAACGGCCUUCGCCUUUGCCUGCCACCGUCAUCAUGGACCGCCGCGGCGGCGCAGUGCGACGCCCAGUCGUCGCGCCUCCCGACUCUGUUUGAAAUUCGCGCCGGGCUCUGGUCGGCGUACUCGUGCUCGACCUUUAGCGGCCAACGGGUGUGGACAUCCACGCCUUGUCGCAACUCGACGACGGGGGCCAUGGGGUACAUCGCGACCGGCUUGUCAUCGUCGUCUUGGGGGGUGAACAAAGAGAUCUGCCUCUCUCCAGCGUCAUCGUUCGCGAUGGUCCAGUGCGCCGCUGACAGUGCCGUCGAUCCGUGCACCGCGGGCAUGCACACGUGCGCCCACAUGUGUAUCAGCCAAGGGGGAGCGUUUGCCUGCGCUUGCAACGACGGUUUUCGUCUGGGCGAGAACGGGAGCUGCUCUCCCGCCGUCAGUGUCCGGACUCCGGCGACGUGUGCUGGGCUGCAAUGGCCCAGGCGUGCCGGCAUGUCCAUCUGCACGAGUGGUCUCGUCGCCCGCGUCCUCUACGACGGCAACGGCACCGAGGUCGUGAAUCCAUCUCUCCCGUACGUUCGCGAAGUGUGGACUUGCUCUGGCGCUGUCACGUACGAUGCAGCGGUGGCGCUUUGUGACAACUUGCGGGCGCGGCUCCCGACCAUGUCGGAGCUCUUCAGCAACAGCGUGGCGAGUGCUGGAUGCGCCGACAACGUCGACGUGUGGACUCAAACGACGUGCCGCCCGUCUGGGGGUGGGGACCGCAACGCAGUGCAUCGCGUCAAGGGCGCCGGGGCCACGUCCUUGCUCCACGCGUUUCCACGAUCAUGCGUCGCAACGACCGCCGUCAGCGGCACGUCCCCCGUCCUCGCGCAUGUUCGGUGUGUCGCGAAUGUGUAAUAAUCGUCUUCAUCUCAACAAUAUCAAUCUAAGCUAUGUGGAAUGGGUCCGAGCCCAG